CAACCCAGGGCAACCUUAUUUCCCCUUCCAUGUCCACGUUUGACCCUUCCACCAUCCGUCCUCAUUCCGACAUCCACGCCCGACCCUUCCACCGCCUGCGAACAUCUACCGUACACCAUCUCCCAUAAAGUCUGAACCGCCUCUCCCAUACCGCCUACGAUCGCCACUCCCAUCUUCACACUGUUCUAGACUUGUUAGAUUUAUCGGCGCAGAGACUGCUUCAGUGCAUCUCUGCUCUCCAUCACGGCUUCUCACGGGCGACAGCUGCCUGACCAACAAGACCCAACAGGCGGCGAAUCCCCCAAUCCCCUGCGCAAGACGGUCACUAUUGGCUCUGUACUUUUCAACCGCGCCCAUACGACCCAGCGACAACCUUCGCCACAUCCUCAUUAUCUAGUCCAACAGUCCUCCGUUUCUUCAACCACAGCCCAGUCGGAUCUAUCUUCGGCACUCAGAGAAGCCAUGGACGGCAGGAAACACCCAAGUUCUUUCCAGCAGCUUGAAAAGCUGGGAGAGGGUACUUAUGCUACUGUCUUCAAAGGCCGCAACCGACAGACGGGCGAGCUUGUAGCUCUCAAGGAGAUUCACCUUGACUCGGAAGAGGGGACACCGAGCACGGCAAUCCGCGAGAUCUCGCUCAUGAAAGAACUGAAGCACGAGAACAUUGUUGCUCUACACGAUGUUAUUCACACCGAGAACAAGCUUAUGUUGGUGUUUGAGUACAUGGAUGGCGAUCUUAAAAAGUUUAUGGACACCAACGGCGAGAGGGGAGCCCUCAAGCCACAUGUCAUCAAGUCCUUCAUGCAUCAGUUGCUCAAGGGUAUUGACUUCUGCCACAAGAACAGGGUCCUACAUCGAGACCUGAAGCCGCAGAACCUCCUUAUCAACAGCAAGGGCGCUCUGAAGCUGGGUGAUUUCGGUUUGGCGAGAGCAUUCGGUAUUCCAGUCAACACCUUUUCGAAUGAGGUCGUCACUCUUUGGUAUCGAGCUCCCGACGUGCUUCUUGGAAGUAGAACCUACAACACCAGCAUCGACAUUUGGUCCGCGGGAUGUAUCAUGGCUGAGAUGUUCACCGGCAGGCCUUUGUUUCCCGGCACCACUAACGAGGAUCAGAUUGUUCGCAUUUUUAGGAUAAUGGGCACGCCGACGGAACGUACAUGGCCUGGCCUCACCUCGUUCCCCGAGUACAAGCCUAACUGGCAAAUGUAUGCGACACAGAGCCUGUCAUCCAUCUUACCUCAGAUUGACCGCGACGGCAUCGACUUGCUUCAGCGGAUGCUACAGUUGCGGCCCGAAUUGCGAAUCUCGGCUCACGAUGCGCUUCAACACCACUGGUUCAACGACCUGGUCCACCAACAGCAUCAUCACCAAGCGCAGCAGUCAAUGAUGCAACAACCGCCGAUGAUGCAGCAACAGCCAAUGAUGCAGCAACAUAGAGGCUACGGACAGCCGCAACCCAACUACGAGGGCUACUAGACAGAGUACCUUCCAAAAACCGGAAGGCAGACACCGCCGGUUUUGGGGUUUCCUCCACCAGUUUUGUGGCAUCGACCGAUGCCAGUAGUGUCAGGAUCUCCUCCACCAGGAUUCAAGAAGAUUUGGGAGCAACUGAUGCCAGUAAGAGAGGGCUACUACACCGAAGAGCAGUUUCUAGGAGAGCGAACAAUGCCAGGGUAUCCUCCACCAGGGAGAUAUCCUCAACCGAUACCCGGACAUCCUCCAGCAUGGAGAAAUUAUCCAUCAAUACCCGGACAUCCUCCAGCAUGGAAAUAUUCUCAACCAAUGCCCGGGCAUCCUCUACGUGGGGAACAUCCGCAACCGAUGUCAUGGUAUCCUUCAAACCAACAGGUUCAAAUGGGGCAUUUAUCGAGAGAAAAUGGGUUGGUUAACCGUGGCAUGGGUUCGACUACAGAUCUGUCAAUGGCGUGGAAAGGAAAUUUCAAGAGUGGCAAUUCUAAAUUGGACAUGUCACGGCGGUCACUGCCCGUGGACCCCAGUCUCAACCCGUUUCAACAUGAUAAUGGACAGCGAAAUAUAAUGGUGCCACACAGGCCCCCAAUACAAACAGGUGUAAUGGGUGAUGGACACCCAAAUGCGAUGCCGCCGCGAUUUCAGUUGCUUCAGUCAUCUUUCAUGCCUCCGGUCCCCCCUCCUCCACCGGCCUUAUCGAGGUUACCGGCGUCACAUGAGCCUCGACAUAAACAGAUUGAAUUUCCACGAAGUUUCCAAUAUUAAUUCAUGAUGUGAAUGGUCCCGGACCUAACGCUGGAAAGAGAAGUUCAUCUGUUUUCAGUUUGAGAAGCUGCCGCCUGGUUCUCGAUCAUUCCGGACAAGAACAUACGCCGAUGUUGCACGUUCCUCAAGCUUUACUCGCGACUGAUCACACACGGCGGAAGAGCACAAUAAAUAAGUAGAUGGUAAUCUUUGUUAUCAUGUUUACUUGGGAUGGUCAUUAUCUACAAAACGGGGGCAUAGCUGGAGCCUUGAACGAAGAUGACGGGAACAGGGUAGCGCACGCCAGAGAAAGGCUUUUGUGCCGUACUUAUGCAUUUGCCUUUCCUUUAAUUAGUAGUUACGAUUAGCAGCGAAAGUUUCCAUAUAUGUUGAAUUAAAGCGAACAUUGGUGAUAGUCCUCAUUAUUCUCAUUAUUCCCCUAUCUGUUUACUAGAGAGUUUAGGGUGUUCUCU